AUGUCCACACUCAUCCAAGAUUCGGUCGUUGGCCACGCCGUCCGGAUUCUCACCAACAGGCGAUUCUUCAAGUACACGGAGGAAAAGGACCCGUCCCUAUGGCAGCGAUACAUCAACCUUGAGAAAUCGGGUCGGAUGGCCUAUAUUGGUCGCGUGGAUGGAGAUAGCAUUCCAGAGGAGGAUGUGUUUACCCGCACAGAAUCGAUAUCGAGGAUUCCGUCCACGGCAUGGGAGCAUCGUGGACAUAGAUUCCAAGGCCUCACGGGUGUGCGAAUCAACCCUGAGCAUGGAAAGGAUGUCAGUGUGAUCGACUGGUGGGAUGAGAAAGAUCCAGAGAAUCCUCAGAACUGGUCAGUGGCGAAGAAGGUCUUUGUCACAUUCGAAAUCUGUCUCUUGACUUUCAGUGUUUACAUUGGGAGUGCUAUUUAUACGCCUGGAAUUGUCACUGUGACCAAAGAUUUUGGGAUCAGCCAAGUGGCAGCAACGCUGGGUUUGACAUUGUUCGUCGCGGGAUACGGGCUAGGUCCGCUGCUUUGGUCACCCAUGAGUGAAAUUCCUCAGAUAGGACGGAAUCCUGUCUACAUCUUCACCUUAGCUGUAUUCGUUGCGUUACAGGUCCCGACGGCUUUGGCGGGAAAUCUAGGGACUCUGCUUGCGUUUCGAUUUUUAACUGGAUUCUUUGGAUCGCCUGCUCUAGCUACGGGCGGUGCUACGAUUGCCGACAUGUUCAAGCCAGCAAAGCGAGCCUAUGCAAUCGGCAUCUGGGGCAUCAGUGCUAUAUGCGGUCCUGUCCUGGGACCAUUGGUCGGAGGAUUCGCAGCACAGGCAAAGGGCUGGCGAUGGACUAUCUGGGAAUUGAUGUGGUUGUCGGGAUUUUCGCUUCUCAUGUUGCUAUUCUUACUCCCCGAGACAUCAUCAGCUAAUAUCCUCUAUCGACGUGCGCGACGACUGCGCAAACUCACCGGACGACAGAACCUGAAGUGCGAACCGGAGAUCGAAAGUGAAGGACUCAUGGGACGAGAAAUCCUCAUGAUUACCUUGGUCAGACCGUUUACUCUCAACUUCACGGAGCCGAUGGUCUUCCUCUUGAAUCUAUAUAUUGCCCUCAUCUACGGUCUUCUCUACGUCUGGUUCGAAUCCUUCCCCAUCGUCUUCGAGGGAAUCUACCACUUCAACCUGGGCCAACAAGGCCUCGCUUUCCUCGGUAUCCUCAUUGCCGCUCUUCUGACCAUCCCGCCCUACUACUGGUGGAUGUACAAAUACCUCGAACCCCAAUUCGACGAAAACGGCAACGUACCACCUGAAGCUCGUCUCCCACCUGCCAUCGUCGGCGGCUGCUUCAUCCCAAUCUGUCUGUUCUGGUUCGGCUGGAGUGCCCGGCCGGAUAUCCACUGGAUCAUGCCUAUCAUCGGCUCGGGAUUCUUCUCAGUCGGUGCGUUCCUACUAUUCAACCCCGUGUUGAAUUAUCUCCCUGACGCCUAUCCGGCUUAUGCGGCGUCUGUGCUUGCGGGGAAUGAUCUCUUCCGGUCUGCGUUUGGUGCUGGAUUUCCCUUGUUUGCGUCGGCGAUGUACAAGAACCUUGGGGUUGGGUGGGCGAGUUCCACGCUGGCGUUUUUGUCCAUUGUGUUCAUACCGAUUCCUCUGGUUUUGAUGAAGGCUGGGGGCACGUUGAGGAAGAAGUAUAGUGAGCAUGCUCGGAAGGAUAUAUGA